UCUCUCUCUCUCUCUCUCUCUCUCUCUCUCUCUCUCUCUCCCCGCCCAGUCCUUCCGCCUCCCCAUUAUUUUUCCUCUCCUACUCUGAAGAAGCUUCACAUGCGCGCUGUCUCAGGCGUCUCCCGGUCUUGGUCUCAGUGAGGGUUUGUGUGUUUCCGUUCUCGGUGUGUGUGUUUGCAUUUUGAAACAACGCAGUACUGCGCAAAACAACAUGGCAGAUCCUAUGACACAGUCCCAUCAGAUAUCGUCGUCCCAGGGGUUGAACGAUGGACACGCCAAAGACUCGAAGUUUUCCGAUUCCUUUUUUUCCUCUUCGCCUGUAUCUCUCAUUCAGUCUUCUCAAGACAAACGGGUGGCACUGGACUCUGAGAAGCCAUCAGAAGGUGUGCCUACCUCACUUCGCUUUUCCUCUCAACCAAAUUCAUUUUCUCCUUCAAAUUUUGGAAACGAUAACGCCAUUUCCUCGACGGGAAUCAAGGAUCGUAGUUUCCAAGAGAAAAGGGAGCUUUUUGAAUCCUCACUCGGAACACAAAAACAGGACUCUUCUCCGAUAAAAAUAUCUCCUGUUUCUGAGCGAAUCAGAGCUUUGGAGGCUCUGGCUGCAAAGCAGAAUGAUUCUGACUGGAGUGAUUCAGGCUUUCCUCAUUUCAGAGAACGCCACUAUGAAAAAUCUCAUUCUGAGGUACAUGGCAUCACUCUUCGUUCCUCUAUUAAGAAAAAACCCACAUCAAGUGAUCAAGAUUCUCCAGAAUCUCCCUUUGAGAUACUUGGUGAUACCAGACGUGGAAGUGACUUUGAGGACACGGCUGACUGGAUGAGAGCUCAUUUGCCACCAGCACCUAACUUCAACAUUGGGGAAUCUGACUUUGAUGAAAUUAAAGAAUCUCUGGUAAUGCCAGAAUGUCCAGCUGAUGAGACCAAGAGCAAAGAUACACAUGUACAAGAAAUCCCUUCAUCUUUUGCUCGUGUCCCUGAUGAAUUCAUGGACACCCCUGUUGAAGAGUCCAAACAAGUAAAUGAGUAUUCGAAUCAAUCAAAGCAAGAUACUAUGGAGGAUGAGUCUGAAUUUGAUCUCAGAUUUUUGCCUACAGCCUACAUGUGGGACAAACAAGAGAAACCCGACAUAGACCCACAAGAACCACCAUUCCUUUUUGAAAGUCAGGACUCCGAGAUAACUACAUCUGCUGCACCUCCUGAUAGUUUUGAUGCUCCAUCUCUGGAGACGCCAGUUCCAGAUCCCCAUACCGAUGCUAGUGCAAAUCAACCAUCUGUCACUCGAGGGGCUGGCUCAGGAGGUGUAGAGAUCCUUGAAGCUGAUAGCUCUGGUGAAUCUGAUGAUACAGUUAUUGAAGAUGCAAGUGGUGUCAAUGAUAAUGAUGCAGCUGAGUGUAGAUUGCCUACAGCUCAGCAGACUCUUCCGAAUGAACAAGAGAAACAGAGUAUUCAGGUGCCCAUUAUUAAUGUAAUUGAAACCGAGGAACAGGUUCUCAGUGAUUAUGAAGUGGAGCAAGAAGAAGAGGAAGAUGACGAGCAGAGAUAUCAGAUCAUGAAAGAACCUGCAACAGAGGCUCCACAACCGCCGGAAGAGCUUUCUGACGGUUCAAGAGAUGAAUUGGAAGAGGCUGCUCCAAAAAUGGAUGAUAUUUCCACAAAGGAAUAUAUUGCAGAUUCUGAUGGAGAAUAUUCUCCAAAGCACAUGAUGAUCAAAGACGAUCUCAGCAAUGAAACGAUUAACCAGACUCCUCUUCCUUCACAGAGUCAAAGCUCAGAUGAGUCUCACGCACAAUCCACUGUUCCACAGAAUACAGAAGAAACGUCCAGAGAAUCUUCCUUCAGCAAUGUAAUAUCAGACAAGACCACCGAAAUUGUACCAGACCUCUCACCUAAUUAUGAGGAUCUCUCAAAUGAGUUUGAGUCCAGUGACAUCGAUACAUAUUUGGAUCAUUACACUAGCGAGGAACUGGCUUUAAAAGACCAGUUAAAUUCUGGUGUGUGUGCUGUAAAUAAUGUGGAAAUGAAUGAGACACUAAAAUCUAACUCUCUUCAAAACAGUCAGAAUAAUACUAUGCCUGCUCAGCAGUCAUAUGAAGAAACUUUGGAUGAAUUUGAUGAGACUGUUGAUAAAAGUCAGCAAAAUGACCAUACAGAACCAGAGCAUUUUCCUGUUAACAUUUCAGCUGAUAUCCCGGUGGAGCCUCUGCUUUCUCAAAAUAUCUUGCCAAAUGUUGCAUUAGAUGACCAGAGUGUAGGUAUCGAGGACAAGAAGACAACAAUUGAUUCAGGGAAUUUUUCUUUGGCUGAGGAGGAGGAUUACAUGAUUAGACAUGAAGUAGAGUUGCCUUCUUACCAAGAGAGCACACCUGCCGAAUUUCCUUCUUUUCAUGAUGAUCAGUCAUGCAAAGUCAUUGAUGUGAUCUCUGAUUUUGCGAACAAUGAUGUAACUGAGGGAGUUUUGACAACCGAUACGGAACAAGAUGAAAUAAUUCAGUAUGAAGAUCCACAUACAGAGAUAUCACCAGAAACCACAAGCAAACCUGAGCCUACUGAAGUGGAAUUCAAACUAAUUGAAAUAUUCCAAAUGAAUACUCCUGAGAUACAGAUAUCUGAAGCGCCCCCAAACAUACUUGACUCAAUUGAUGAAUAUGAUCAAGAUGAAAUAAUCCAGUGCAAUGCUCCAGAUUCACAGGAACCCCCAGAGAUUUCGAGCACCGUCAAGUCCACCGAGGCAGAAUCUCCUCCUACAGCUGCAACGGAUAGUUUUGUGGAGUUUAUGAGAGAGUGUUUGAAAUCGCAGCAGGAUGAAGAGGUCCAGAGCCUUGGUCUUGUACAGAACACUGUGGAGCCGGUAUCUGUUACUUCUUCUUCCCCUGCGAUGUUCAUGGACUUGGAGCAAGAGUGCCUUACUAUCUGUGCAUUGAAAGAGCUUGAGAGUAGUCACCAGGAUCAGGAUGAAAUCAAUCUUCCGAAAGACAUUACAAUCUCUGCAAAAGAUACAGUUUCACAACCUUUACUUCAAUCCGAGUCUUUCAUUUGCCCAAAUCCCUCUCUACACUAUCUUCCAAAUGAGAAGCAGACAGAUGCCUCGCUAACCAAAGAGAUAGAGGCAAUCGACAUCUGGGUGGCAGAAGCCUACCACCUUGCAGAGCAUGUCUUGGCACUAAUACUAACCCACCUGACAGUGUAUGACUUGGUGUACUGGCGAGACCCGAAAAAGUCUGGCGUGGUGUUCGGCAUCUCCCUGCUACUGCUGCUGUCUUUGGCAGCAUUCAGCGUAAUCAGCGUCAUCUCCUACCUGCUCCUGGCACUGCUCUGCGUCACCAUCUCCUUCCGCAUCUACAAGUCUGUCAUCCAGGCCGUGCAUAAGUCUAAUGAAGGACACCCCUUCAAGGAACUGAUGGAGAAGGAUGUCAGCUUGUCUCCUGAGACCUUCCGCAAGCACGUGGACGAGUGUCUGACCUACAUCAACCGUGCACUCAAGCAGCUGAGCCGCCUCUUUCUGGUCGAAGACUUGAUAGAUUCCCUCAAGCUGGCUGUAGUCAUGUGGUUGCUGACAUACGUGGGUGCCGUCUUCAAUGGCAUUACCAUCCUCAUUCUUGUCGACAUCCUUGCUUUUACUGUACCGCCAUUGUAUGCGAAAUACAAGACCCAGAUCGAUCGCUACAUUGAAAUUGUACGCACUCAUGUUAAUACUGCAGUGGCCAAGAUUCAGGAAAAGCUCCCCAAGGCAGCAAAGCGCAGUAAAGCAGAAUGAUGCACCUCUCUCAUCCCUUCCAUGACCACCUCCAGAAUUGCUGUACCUCUAGCUUCCAACCCUCCCCAGUUUAACCAGUCCUUAUAAACCUCUUACCAGCCAUGUGCACUGAACCAGCUAGUCUCUUUAAAAUCUCUGAAGCUUCUCAAUAUUCUUCAACAUUAACUCUGAAGCUUAAUUCUGAGCAUUAGGGAGGAUGCUUGGUGAAGAUGCUUACUGGAGCUGGUGACUCAAAUGCAGCAAAUGAUGUAAUUCCACAACUGAAUGUCCCUUUAUGGCACCCGACUCUGAGCAGGGUGUGCGAACUAGAUUGAAUCUGUGACCUGGUUUUUUGAGUGUUUUAAGAUUCGGUGAAAUAAAGACUAGAGGAUUUUGGACUCAGUUGUCAAAUUAACACUCGAUUGAAUAAAUAAAAAAGUUACUGGAAGAAAAUGCAAUGAAGCAACCAGGAUUGGCUGCUAACCUGAAUACACACCUACUGAUUUUUAACUCUGAUGCACUGUUACGAUACACACACACACACACACACAGAUUGAUUAGGGUUUGGACACUGCGCCAGCUGGGAUGAUUCACUCUAGUUCGCUUUCCUGUACCGUGGGUUUUCUUUUUUUUUUUUUGGGAUGGGGGGAGGGGUUAAAUUUUCAACUGUGUAUGUAUAUAUAGUACAAUUACAACAAGCUCUUUGCUGUGAAGUAGUUUGCAUUGCUUUUUAUAUUUAAUAUCGAAUAUCCCCUGGUGUCUUUUUAGACUCUGGCACUUGUUCACAUGUAAAUGCGUUAUGAUUAUGCCUAUUAGGUUACAAGUAGGGUAGCUGCUGUUGACUCCCCAGGCUGGCAUCUUAACAAGUAGUAUUAAUAUUCUUAUGCUUGAGUUAUUUGUAUAGAAUCUUCUGAGCUUUGAAAUCACGGAGACAACAUUGCAGUCUGUUACUGCUCUGUAUAGAAGAAGGUAGAAGUGUGAUUAGUUUUGGCACCCUGUAUAGAGAUGGUCUCUGGACCAGCUUUAUCGGCACACUAUUGGUUGUUUUGAAUUGGUCAGUUUAACACUUGUUAAAAGCUGGGAACACCUUUUUGUUAAUUGCGUUCUUUAGCACAGUUGGAUUUACAAGAAAGCGUGCUGUUACAAUAAGCUAUUAUAAAAACUGAUGUGGCUUCGUACAUUUACAUCUAUAAGGGACUUAAAUAUAAGAAGAGCAAAUUCGAUGCACUUUGCUUAUUGCCUGCUCGAUAUUUGGCACUGAAUAUUCUAUCUGAAUCUUAUCAUAUCAAGCGUCAGUGUCAAAAAGUGCACCUGUAUUUAUUAACGCACCAGUGUGUAAACCGAGCACCGGAUUAAUAGAGUAACUACUGCUACUACUACUACUACUACUACACACGUCUACCAACUGCUGAAUGUUUCAUACCAAUAUUUAAACAGCGUUCUGACUGUUGCAUGCAAACCCGAGUGUUCAUUUUGGAAACUGUUACAACGGCGUGCAAAUUCACUCUGUGUGGAUGGUUUCAUGAAGGUUCCAUUUACCAAAUCGAUCCACAAAACACACUUUCACCCUUUAAGCUUGACUGUAGUCUCCAAGUCAGGAUGCUGAAUGUUUAUUUAGGAAGUCCCCUCACCUCUCCCCCCUCCUUUUUUAGGCAUGCAUGCACACAUUACACCUAGACACACACACAUGAACAGGUGAAAGUGUGUAUUGUUGGUACCUGUGUCCUUGUGUUGCUCAACCAGCAUUCGUUAUGUAACUCAUGGGUGUGGUGAUGCUUGAAGAAUAGGAUUUUUUCUUUCUUUUUUUUCCUCAAGUUUCAAAUUUGAUUCCUCCUGUCUUUCCCAGCACCUUAAUAAUUUUUUUUUUAAUAGAUGAAACCUCUCACACUCUCUCUUCUAUGUAGACAGUGUGUCUUCUAUUUCUCUGUAGUGUUUCAGUUACAGCCUGCAUAUUUUUAAUGUAUCUGUCAGCAUGUUUGCUGUCUUUUUUUUUUUUUUUUGGAGUUUCUCUUUUGGGGAGGGAGUUGAAGUCUUUUUCUUUUUUCUUUUGCUUCUGAGUCUAGAUGUGAUAACUAAUAUCCAUGUUCAGUUUGUUAGUGAUGAAUUAAGUUAAUCCGGGAGCUUGGAGAAAAUGGGGGGGUUCAUGUAAUUGUCAACAUGAAAAUUAAUAAAAAUGUUAAAGAAA